GGCCUGUUUGAAACACCAUUACAUUCGUCUUUGAUAGGGGUGAGGAUGGCUAUUACCAAGCAUCCUCUGGGCUUCAUCGACGAGAUGUGGUUCGAACAAAAACACUUUGUGUGUUAUAAUGGACGUUUGUCCACUGUUUGCACUCACCUCAACAGCUCAGUGAGAUACAGUGCGGUGGUUCUAUAUUACAACCUAUGCACUUACAACGAUAAUAUUGAUUUUAUUUGACAUGUUUGUUCAUUAUCUUAGCACUAAUUUGCAUGUUGUAGGAUUGCACCACAUCUAACAUGAGAUAUUUGCUCCCCUCAGCUGAUUAGUUAAACAUUCUCAGUCUCAAUAGUGUUAUAAAACUAUAAGAAUUUAAAUGGAUCCCAAUUUGAAAAAAUACAAAUACCAUUUCUCACUAAGUGUCAAUUAAAAAAAACAAAAAACAUCUUGCAAAUACCCAUGAUGUUGUUCCUUUUGUAUUCAAAUUUUGAGCUAUGACUUUAGUAUGGAGGCAGUGAGCUCAACUAUAUAAAAACCUGCGGUUGCAAAUAAGCAAACCUUCUUGAAGCUGUUUACUGUCCAAAUAAAGAGUUCCUCGCUGUUUAUUUAAUCAAACAAGUACAUCACUUUGCUAUAAAGGUAGCUUGCGUCAUGCCAACACCUAAAUGAAGACACCAUAGCUAAUCAAUAGCAUCGUGUCACAGUGAUAUAGCCCUUUAAGCGAGUGUUUCUCAAGCUUUAUUGAGCCAGGGCACAAAUUUCACAUUGGAAAAAAAUAUAAUUGCGCCCAACUUUGCAAAACCUUUCACAAAGUGGAUAUACAGGUUAAUUAUUCAUCAUCAAUCACCUAGUCAGUGGAAGAGCAUUUCUUUGUUUUUCCUGUUACUAUAUGUGGCUGGCAUUGAUAAAUUAACAAAUAGCCAUGUACUACUAAAGAGUGACUGGCUCCAAGUGUGGCAGUAUGUCUGUCAAGGGCUCUUGCCCAUAAGCGAAGUAAAGUCAAUUGCAGGUAAAAAUUUUGCCAAAACUGUUUCAUUCUUUACAUUAUAUUUAACUAUAUCCUGACUUUGUCUUUCGACAUAAAAACUUAUGAAGUGCUCCUGAAUAAAAUACUAAAAAAACAACAACAACAAUUCUUUAGGGUUAGGAGGGUAGGGCUAGAAAUAUAAUUUGAGAUAUGUGUUUUGAGUUAUGAAGCGGGUCACAAAUGACUUGUUCCUGUGUUUCUCAUGUAUGUGGCCAGUGAGUGUAUCUGUGUAAAAACGGGUGCUAAACUUUGACCUUUAUGGUGCAUGUAGUCCUUAGCCUGACAACUAUCUACAAACCUCAAUUGUUUUCCUGCCGCAUUAGGCAUGAGCAUAAUUUUGCAAAAAUUAACAUGAAGUCUAAGCGAUUGUAAUAUGUCUACGUAGAGUAUUUACAGUUUUCUUUAUUUUAGUCAGAAUGGUUUGCUCUUUCGCUGCUGUAGGACCAACCCAGAUUUUUUAAUUAAUUUUUUUACGAAUGAAAGAUUAAUUUUAGAUUUACGUGACAUCAGAUUGAAAGUGAUCCAAAAUCAUCAAUCAAGAAUUGAUAUUGAGUGUGUGAGCGGUUCACCCAUAAUAAUCUGUAGGCCCCUUGAAUUUAUUAACACAAUGCCCUCCUAAAACUAACCACCCCCAUUAAACUGUUUAGUGGCAGCUACACUGAUCCAAACAAAACUGUCCUCAUGCUCCCCUUCAGCGUGGAAUCUUAGAUGGUGAGCCAAUGUUCCACAGUCAGAGGCGUGACAUGUCAUUUAAUAGUGUCGGCGUGCGCCAUUCCGACUGUCCCUAUUACACAUUUGCUGCUGCAGGCUUCACAGAGUCCUGUUUUGUCUGCUUGUUUGCAUUUCACUAACAUGCAUUGCAAGACAAUGUUUAAGAAGCAACCGUUGUUAGUUAAGACUUCAAAUUAGGACCGCUUUGUUGUCUCAUUGCAGCUUGAAACCGAUGAAAAUAUAGUAAUACUGGCUGCGGCAAUCAAACAAAAGGCCCUUUGGUCAUGGAUCACAUUUUUUUUACGCUUAUCCACUGCAGACAUAUCUUAGGAACAUUACUGUUUUCUCCCAAAUUAUUAGGUUGCAGAAUGUUGUCAAUUCUACACAGUUCCUGCAAGCAUCUAUUAUCAGUCUUAAUCUGUGUAGGUUGUCAUUAACAAUGUUGCCUAAAUCUGUACAUUCACUUUAUACAUCGCCUUACCUUUAUGCACAGCACAGCACUACUUUCAGCUGAAGGUCUAUACUGUGCACUGGUUUAAGGAAAAGUUUAGUUAUAAAAUAAUACAUAUAAAAUGGAAUCAAUUGUGUUCUGCUUCAACAGCACCAUUAUUCUGUGGAAAUAAGCUUGUUUUCUCUCCAAGGCUUUAAAGAUCUAGUUCUCCCCAAAAUGCAUGCGGGACAAGGACCCAGCAAGGUCUAGAAGUCGAUGGAGAAAGCUAUGACGACGGCAUGUUGCCUCCGGUGUCAGCUGUUCAGUCAGCCGUCUUUGCAUCUGUUCUUCAGAGUCGCUAGCGGGGUGUCUUUGAGCCAUCACUAUCGCAGACAUCACAUGGCCCCAGAGUGGCCCUGCAAAGGACAACAAAGAGGAGUGCUACACUUUCAUCCAGAUAAUGUGUUCAAUGACGAUCGAGACAAAAUGGAAGAUAGCCCUAGCCCAAAAAGACAGCGGCUUUCUCAGCAGUCCAUUUUAGAUCUAAGCUCCGCGCCUUCCUCUACCCCUUCCUCUCCCAUUCGUCCCUGGGAGCUCACCCCCAGUCGCAGGCCGCAUGCCCACUAUGCACCAGAGAGAUGUCACACACCUGUCCGCAAUCGAAGAAGCCCGCCAAUGCGACGCCCUCGUGGCCGCAGAGACCGCCUGACACGUCAUCACCACACACACAAUCACCACCACCAUUACAACAACAACAACAGCCAUCACCACCCCAACAAUCACCCUCACCACCACCACCACCAUCACCACCUGCACUCCCACCAUGGGCUGUCCUCUGGCCACCAAGACGAGAACUACCGUCACUCAGCCCACCCUCAGGGCUACCUGCCCUAUGGCCAGCAGCCCCAUAGAGGGCCCGGGUCCGGCAUGGAAGAGCGCCAAGUUUACCACCCCCCAAACCCCUCCCCGAGACCCCUUCAUCCGUCCUCAAACUUGUCUCCUCGACUGCUGCACCCUGCGGCACACCCACAGCACCCACACCCAUCGCAGCAACAGAGUAGCGGGGUGUUGGACCUUCAGGAACAGGGUUCAGCUCCGGUAACAUAUCCCGUGUCCCCCCCGGGGCCUCCGCCUGGUCUACCGCCUCGUUCAGCCCCGCAGCAAAUCCCAGCAUGCUCGGUCGUCUUCAGUGGACAGCACUAUCCCGUCUGCAGUGUCGCGCCUCCUGUCCUGCAGACUUGCUCUGUGCAGCACCUACCCAUGCCCUACCCGUUCCCUUCCCUGCUAUCCGGUGACCAAGCCUUUCUCCUCCCCCCACCUCCUCACCUCCCUCAUCCUCCCACACACCUUUCCCACCAUCCACCUCACCUGCCGCAGCCUGGACAGUUUGGACCCUACACGACACAGCAGGCCCGUUCACCUUUACAGAGGAUAGAAAAUGACGUGGAGCUGUUGGGAGAGCAUCUGUCUUUGGGUGCAGGACUUCACUACCCUCCUCCCACCCACCCAGCCCUCACCCCACACUCCACACAGCUCCAUUUCCUCUCCCAUGAGCCCAUGCCCCAGGAGUUCUUUGGAGUGUCCUACCCAAACUUAAUCCCCCGUCGCCUCGCGGGCCGAAGGUACCGCUCGCAACAGCCGCUGCCGCCUUCGCCUUAUCACCCCAGCCUCCUGCCUUACUUCCUAUCAAUGCUCCCUGUCCAGCCAACUGGCCCUGCAAUCAGUCUUGAGUUGGAUGUCGAUGAUGGAGAAGUGGAAAAUUAUGAGGCCCUCCUCAAUCUUGCUGAGCGUCUUGGGGAGGCCAAACUCAGAGGACUUACCAAGGGAGACAUUGAGCAGCUUCCUUCCUAUCGCUUCAACCCAAAUAACCAUCAAUCUGAACAAACACUGUGUGUGGUGUGUAUGAGUGAUUUUGAGUCCCGCCAACUGCUUCGAGUUCUGCCCUGCAGCCACGAAUUCCACGGCAAGUGUGUCGAUAAAUGGCUGAGGGCCAACCGGACGUGUCCCAUUUGCAGGGCUGACGCUUCCGAGGUCCAGAGAGAUUCUGAGUGAUCACAUGACACAUGCUACAAUACAAAUGAGACAUUUUCAGCACUGCCUGCUCUGCCUCUUCCUCAUCUGUUACAUACAUGUACAUGAUUGUAUAUGCACAGACAGACACAGUUUCCUUCAUUAUUUCUAUUUAAGUUGUGUGUGCCCAAUGUUUGUUCUUAUUUCUUUUUGAACGGCACAACCUUCCUACUUAAUUACUCUGUGUUGAUGUGUGCACCAUAAGAGUUCACGUGUAUUUUGGUCAGCUUUAUUAUGCAAGCCUCUAAAAGAGGAUUGUGUGUGUGAGAUUUUUGUGGACAUUUGAGCAUGAACGUGCAGGUCUGCAUGUGUGCCGAAUGUAUGUCAGAGUAAAGACAGGAUGACUUCUCAUGAGUGAUUGGUAAUAUUCCAUUUGUAUGUUCCUGCACUGUGGGUCUUUAUGUAUAAUAUAACAAUGUGUAUUAAGAAAUUCAUUUUUCUUUAGUUUGACUUCAAGGGUCCAUGGUGCCACUAUUUAAUCAUUGUUUUUUUGAUGGUCCUCAUGAAUUAGUGGUUAUAUUGACCAUAAUGAGUGACUGUCCUGCCUGGCAUUUUACCUCAUUCUUGUCUCCACUUAUUACAAGAGCUUCACAACACUAAAAGUAAGCACAUAUGCAUUUUCUUCCCCUUUUUUCUUUGUUUGAAUGUUUGUGACUUUGCAGUGGCACAUGUUAUAUAGAUAUAUCUCACUAUAUAAAUAUGUAUACUGUAUAAAUGUAUGAAUAUCUGUAUACCAAAUAAAAGGCUUGAUAAGAAGUUUUUAAACUUG